AUGGUCGCAUCAGCAUUUCUAAUAUGGAAAUUUGAGGGUCCCAAAAAAUCAAAAACCCAGAGAAGAGACGAUCUUCAAGAGACGGUUGGUUCUGUGUACAAGGAUGAUGCUUGGGUGACAUCCUUGAAAACUAUCCGUCCUGUUUGGCUGCUUGCUUAUAGAAUUACUGCCUUCAUUCUGCUUUUAGCAUUGCUUACUACCAAUGUUGUUCUUGAUGGAGGUGGCAUAUUUUUCUUUUAUACCCAGUGGACAUUUACGUUGGUGACCAUAUAUUUUGGGCUUGCUUCUGCAUUCUCCAUCUGUGGGUGUUGCCACUGUUGCUAUAAUUCUGGCAGUAAUGGGGUUGAUUCUGCUACUUCAGAUGCCGAACAGGGCACUCCAAUACUAGAAAAGAAUGCCAAUACUCAGAACAUGUCCAAAGGCUUGAACUCCCAUGUAGAAUAUGUAGAACCUAUUGUUCAUAGAGUUGCUAGUACAUGGGGCUAUGGCUUUCAAAUUAUUUACCAGGCAAUCUUUUCAAUCCUUAUAUUGUGUAAGUUAAUGGCAAGUAGCAGUGCCAUUUUAUGGGGAUUUGUCCCUUGCCUUGUUAAGCCAGCUGAAAAUGUUUACAGGGAUUCUACUUGUGCAGGUGCAGUGACACUUACUGAUUGUGUCUUUUGGUUCGUGAUUUAUCCAUUUUUGACAUCUGAUGAUUACAGGUUGAAUUUUAUGGAUGUUUGUUUGCACUCACUUAAUGCAGUUUUCCUACUUGGUGAUGCAGUUUUGAAUUCUUUGCGGUUUCCUUUCUUUCGAAUAUCUUAUUUUAUUUUGUGGACGGGGGCAUUUGUCACUUUCCAAUGGAUUCUCCAUGCUUGCGUUUCGAUGUGGUGGCCUUAUUCAUUUCUUGAUUUGUCAUCUCCAUAUGCUCCCAUCUGGUAUGAAUAUACUAUACCUUAUUCCUAUGAAUAUGUGCAAGCAGAGUUGUUUAUACAAGCUACAUGCUUGUUCAGGUGGGACGUCUGUCCUUGUGGAUGGUAUUACUCUUGGAAGCUCUGCCAAUGGUAUGUGGCAGUAGGGUCGAUGCAUCUCCCAUGCUAUGGCAUCUUUGCUCUUGUAGUAAGGAUGAAGCACUUCUGCUUGUCAAGACUAUUCCCGGAUGCUUUCUAA